AUGCUAGAAGCUAAAUUUGAAGAAGCAUCUCUUUUCAAAAGAAUCAUCGACGGGUUCAAGGACUGUGUCCAACUAGUAAACUUCCAAUGUAAAUCAGACGGUAUCAUCGCUCAAGCCGUCGAUGACUCUCGUGUCCUAUUGGUGUCUUUGGAGAUCGGUGUCGAAGCAUUCCAAGAAUACAGAUGUGAUCGUCCAGUCACAUUAGGCCUGGAUCUAAGCUCUCUAAGUAAGAUCCUACGUUGUGGUAACAAUUCCGAUACUCUGACUUUGAUCGCAGAUGACACUCCAGAUCACAUCGGUUUGGUCUUUGAAGAUAAUAAAAAGGGACGUGUCGCAGAAUAUGUUUUGAAAUUAAUGGAUAUCGACGCAGAUUUCUUAAAGAUCGAAGAAUUGGAAUAUGAAACUACUAUUAGCUUGCCAUCUUCUGAGUUCUCUAAGAACGUUCGUGAUUUAUCGCAAUUAGGUGAUUCGCUGUCCAUCGCCGUGACAAAGGAUAACAUUAAAUUCAGCACAGAAGGUGAUAUCGGUUCAGGUUCUGUCCUAUUACAACCGUUCGUCGAUAUGGAAAAACCACAGGAAUCUAUUAAAUUAGAGAUGGAAUCUCCCGUAGAUUUGACCUUCGGUGCUAAAUAUCUAUUGGAUAUCGUCAAGGGGUCCGUAUUGUCGGAAAAUAUUGGAAUUAGAUUGUCUAGUGAGGCUCCUGCUUUAUUCCAAUACGAUUUGGCUAGUGGGUUCCUACAAUUCUUCUUGGCUCCUAAGUUCAAUGAAGAAGAAUGA